UAAAAAAAAUAUCAAAAAUUGUAAACAAACCCGAGUGUUUUUUUUAAAUCAACUUUUUAAUAAAUUGCACUAAAUAUCUUUAGUAAAAAUGGAUUCUCAUGUCUCUGGGAAGCGUAACAACUUGAUGGUUUCUUUUAAGACGGGAGAACCUAUGGAAAUCCCUGAAAAUGAUAUACUCGGACGAUGCAGGAGCGUUUCAGAGUUUGAGAAGCUCAACAGAAUAGGCGAGGGAACUUAUGGCAUUGUUUACAGGGCCAAAGACACCAAAACCAAUGAGAUUGUAGCUCUCAAGAAGGUCCGGAUGGAUCAGGAAAAAGACGGCUUGCCGAUUAGUGGUUUGCGUGAGAUUCUGAUUCUUAAAUCCUGCGACCAUGAGAACAUUGUUAAGCUCAAAGAAGUCCUAGUCGGGAGAAGUCUUGAAAGUAUUUUCCUGUCCUUGGAAUACUGUGAGCAAGAUUUGGCUUCCCUGCUGGACAAUAUGCAGACAAACUUCUCAGAAUCUCAAGUGAAGUGUCUCAUUCUGCAAGUUCUGCGUGGUGUUAAGUAUCUGCAUGAAAAUUUUAUCAUUCACAGAGAUUUGAAGGUAUCCAAUCUCCUGCUGACGGAUAAGGGUUCGGUAAAAAUUGCAGACUUCGGUCUGGCCAAGUUCUUUUCUGUCCCCUCGAAACCAUCAACUCCGCAGGUUGUGACACUGUGGUAUCGUGCUCCAGAACUGCUGCUCGGGGCAAAGAUUCAGACAACGGCUGUUGAUAUUUGGGCUGUAGGAUGCAUCCUGGGAGAAUUGCUGGGGCACAAACCCCUCCUGCCAGGUACAACAGAGAUUGGUCAAUUGGAAUUGAUUGUAGAUCUCCUGGGUACACCCUCUGACGGCAUCUGGCCGGAAUUUUCAUCUCUGCCGGCUGUGCAGAACUUUACCCUGAAGCAGCAGCCGUAUAACAAUUUGAAGCAGAGAUUUCCAUGGCUUUCAGCAGCUGGGCUGAGACUUCUCAAUUUUCUCUUCAUGUACGAUCCCAAAAAGAGAGCCACGGCUGAAGAAUGCCUCCAUAGCAGUUACUUCAAGGAAUGCCCUUACCCUUGUGAUCCAAAGCUGAUGCCCACCUUUCCGCAUCAUCGCAAUCUGAAGAAUGUCAGUCAGAAUUCCAAGGCACCUCAGGAACCCGGAGUGAGUUCUACAACUGAACAAAUUCCCUUUAGUCUUCCGAUUUCGGAACUCCUUGGAAACAUCGUGAAAAAGAGGAAACAUGAGUAAAAAUCUAUUCUGCUAAAUUGUACUAUAAUUCUCUCAUGUCUAAUAAUUUUAUAAAGAGACUACAGGA